CGCUGCUCUGUGCGGUCAUUUUGACUGAAACCAGCGUCACGGAGGUUCGUUACCACUUCGCCAGCAUUCAUUACAGUGGUAUCCUGGUCCUUCAUAUUUAUGUGCUUCGGCUGCACCUUUGAGCGACUUGAUGGCCACACUCUUCAAAUCUCGCCAAUUCUGCUGGAGCUUGCGGUCGUUGUUGUUGGGUUGGUUCGGAACCCCUGCCGCAUUGCCGUUCAGCACGUUGCUGAGGUAUUGGACUAGGUCCAGGCGGUUUGCUUCUUGCGUUACCGCUCGAAGCCAGUCACGCCAGUCAGAUUUCUGCCCCAGUUUGGGCGAAAUCUCUCCGAGACUCAUAUCGGGCAUUUUGUGGCGCAAGUAGUGCGGCUUUGUUUUCUCUACUUCUGCAAUGAAUUGACUAACUAUUUCUUUAAUAAGGUAAGGCCCAAGGGCUUGAAACAGUGUUGGAACACCCGAACACGUCCAAGCGCACUAUGAGGCUCUUGAG